CACCGGCGUGGACGUCCUUUCUCUCUCCAAUUGCUCCUAGAGCCACUCGCUGUGUGUGGUUCACUGCCUCUGGAUACACGUCCGUCUCACGUAUCUGCGCGGGUCGUUGGAGUCGUUAGGAAGGACUCAGACUCAGGAAACCUCGAAAUGGAUUCAGUGACCAUUGAGGAUGUGGCUGUGGACUUCACACUGGAGGAGUGGGCUUUAUUGGGUCCUUCACAGAGGAAACUCUACAGAGAUGUGAUGCAGGAAACCUUAAGGAAUCUGGCUGCAGUCGGAGCAAAACGGGAAUAUCAUGACAUUGAAGAUCAGUACAAAAACCAGGGGAGAAAAUUAAGAACUUUUAUGGUAGAGAGAUUCUGUAAAAGUAAAGACAUUAGUUUAUGUGGAGAAAAUUUCAACCUUAUUCCAACUCUCAAUCUGAACAAGAAAACUCCUAGAUUAAAACCAUGUGAAUGCAGUGCAUGUGGAACAGUCUUCAUGGAUCAUUCAUCCCUUAAUAGACACAUGAGAUGUCACACUGAACACAAAACACGAGAGUAUCAAAAAUAUGGUGUAAAGCCAUAUAAAUGUAAAGAAUGUGGGAAGGCAUUCAUUUAUCCUGGUUCUCUUCGAACACAUGAAAGGAGUCAAACUGGAGAGAAACCCUAUGAAUGUAAACAAUGUGGAAAAGCAUUUCCGUAUCUGAAAUCCUUCCGAACACAUAAAAGAAUUCACAGUGGAGAGAAACCCUAUGAAUGUAAGCAAUGUGGUAAAAGAUUCAGUGCUCAAAAACGUUUCCAAAUACAUGAAAGUAAUCACACUGGUAAAAAACCCUAUGAAUGUAAGGAAUGUGGGAAGACCUUCACGUGGGAAACAAGCUUUCAACAACACAUGGUAACACACACUGGAGAUGGAUUUUAUAAAUGUAAGAAAUGUGAGAAAGCGUUCAUUUAUCCCAGUUGUCUUCGAAUGCAUGAAAGGAGUCACAACGGAGAGAAACCCUAUCAAUGUAAACAAUGUGGAAAAGCCUUUAAAAGUCCUGAAACUAUUCAAAUACAUGAAAGAAUUCACAGAGGAGAGAAACCCUAUGAAUGUAAGCAGUGUGGUAAAGCCUUUAAUUAUUUCAGUUCCUUCCAAAUACACAAAAGAAAUCACACAGGAGAGACACUGUAUGUAUGUAAAACAUGUUCUAAAGUACUGAGUACUGCCAGUUCUCUUCGAAAUCAUGAAAGAAUCCACACUGGAGAAAAGCCCUAUAAGUGUAAAGAAUGUGGGGAAGCCUUCACAUGGCAAAAAACCUUUCGAAAACAUAUGAUAACACACACUAGAGAUGGACCUUAUAAAUGUAAAAAAUGUGAGAGAGUAUUCAUUAAUCCCAGUUCUCUUAAAAUACAUGAAAGGAUUCACACUGGAGAGAAACCGUAUCAAUGUAAACAAUGUGGCAAAGCCUUUAGUUACUACUGUUCCUUACGAGUACACAGAAGAACUCACACUGGAGAGAAACCCUAUGUAUGUAAACAAUGUGGAAAAGCCUUUAGUUGUCAUGAAAGCCUUCAAACACAUGAAAGGAGUCACACCGGAGAGAAACCUUAUCAAUGUAAACAAUGUGGUAAAUGUUUUAGUUCUCAAAAAGGUUUCAAACUUCAUGAAAGAACCCAUACUGGAGAAAAACCCUAUGAAUGUAAAAUAUGUGGGAAAACCUUCCGUUCCACUUACGUUCAACUGCAUGAAAGAAUUCACACUGGAUAGAAACCCUAUCAGUGUCGGGA